CCGCGAGUCGGGGGCCCAGCCCGAGGCUCACCAGCUCGCAGUGGGGCAACGGCGCGCGCUUCCCAAAAAGGGCUCCGCUCUAAGAAACCCGAGCUCGGAGCGCGGAGUCCCAAAACGGGGCGGCCGGCGCCGCCCCCCGGGCGUCCCGAGCAACCAAAAAGCAAGCGGGGCCCCAGGACGAGCACCUUGUUGGUUGAAACGAGCCGAGCGCCCUCACGCGGUGCCUACAAGUUCUCGGGAAGGACCUUCAAGUGGCGAUCCCGCGGUCUGCUCACUUCGACAUCGAGGGCUCUUGCCGCUCACUUGUGUGGUGUGUGAGGUUCCGGUUCCCCGGUGCGCGGUCUCCAGCCUUCUUCCCCCACACUUCGACUCACGUUUUCGCUCCGACGUCCCGUGGCUGCAUCGAAGAGCGCAACCAUGUCUGCACGAAGCAGCAAGUACAUGUACAAGAGCUCCGGCGGCGCUGGAGAUAUUUCCAUCGAGUAUGGAACCGACCUCGGUGCGCUCACCAGGCUUGAGGACAAGCUGCGCCUUCUCCAGGAGGACCUCGAGUCCGAACGGGAGCUCAGGCAAAGGAUCGAGCGCGAGAAGUCGGACCUGACGGUGCAGCUGAUGCAGCUGAGCGACCGGCUGGAGGAGGCCGAGGGCUCUUCGGAGACCGUGGUCGAGAUGAACAAGAAGCGGGACACGGAGCUGUCCAAGCUGCGCAAGCUGCUCGAGGACGUUCACCUCGAGAGCGAGGAGACGGCGCACCACCUGCGCAAGAAGCACCAGGAGGCCAUCGCCGAGUUCCAGGAGCAGCUCGAUGGCAUGACCAAGCUCAAGAGCAAGGCCGAGAAGGAAAGGCAGAAGUUUCAGGCCGAAGUGUACGAACUCUUGUCUCAAGUGGAAAAUUCGAACAAGGAAAAGCUGACCAUCCAGAAGACAGUGGAGAAGCUGGAGCACACCGUGUACGAGCUGAACAUCCGCAUCGAGGAACUGAACCGCACCGUCAUCGAAGUGACGGCGCAGAGGACCAGGCUGAGCGCCGAAAACGCCGAGUACCUCAAGGAGGUCCACGAACUCAAGGUGUCCCUGGACAACGUAAACCACCUCAAGGGACAGUUGGCCACGCAGCUCGAGGACACCCGCCGCCGCCUCGAGGACGAAGAGAGGAAACGUGCCAGUCUGGAGUCGUCCCUGCACACUCUGGAGGUUGAAAUCGAGUCCCUCAAGGUGCAGCUCGACGAAGAAUCCGAAGCCAGGCUCGAGGUUGAGAGGCAGCUGGUAAAGGCCAACGCCGACGCCGCCGCCUACAAGACCAAGUACGAAACUGAAGUCCAGGCUCAUGCCGACGAGGUUGAGGAACUUAGGCGCAAGAUGGCCCAGAAGAUCUCUGAGUACGAAGAGCAGCUGGAGGCCCUGCUGACCCGCUGCAGCAGCCUGGAGAAGCAGAAGUCCCGACUGCAGAGCGAGGUCGAGGUGCUCAUCAUGGACCUGGAGAAGGCCACUGCGCACGCUCAGAACCUCGAGAAGCGCGUCGCCCAGCUGGAGAAGCUCAACAUCGACCUCAAGUCCAAGGUCGAGGAGCUCACCAUUAUGCUGGAGCAGAGUCAGCGCGAGCUUCGUCAGAAGCAGGCCGACCUGCAGAAGCUCCAGCACGAGUACGAGAAGCUGCGCGAGCAGCGCGAUGCCCUCCAGCGGGAGAACAAGAAACUCGUCGACGACUUGGCGGAUGCCAAGAGCCAGCUGCAAGAUUGCGUGCGUCGUCUGCACGAGUACGAAAUCGAGAUCAAGCGUUUGGAGAACGAGCGCGACGAGUUGGCGGCCGCCUACAAGGAGGCUGAGACCCUGCGCAAGCAGGAAGAAGCCAAGUGUCAACGACUCACCGCCGAGCUGGCCCAGGUCCGCCACGAGUACGAGCGCCGCCUGCAGGCCAAGGACGAGGAGAUCGAAGCCCUCCGCAAGCAAUAUCAGCUGGAGGUGGAGCAGCUCCAAAUGCGGCUCGCCGAGGCCGAGGCAAAGCUCAAGACCGAGAUUGCUCGUCUCAAGAAGAAGUACCAGGUGCAGAUCACCGAACUCGAGAUGUCCUUGGAUGCCGCCAACAAGCAGAACCUCGACCUCCAGAAGAUCAUCAAGAAGCAGGCUAUCCAGAUCCAGGAGCUGCAGUCUCACUACGACGAGAUCCACCGUCAACUGCAGCAGACCGCCGACCAACUGGCCGUGUCUCAAAGGCGUUGCCAGGGGCUGCAGGCAGAACUGGACGAACAGCGUGUCGCCCUGGAAUCUGCUCUGCGCUCCAAGCGCGUUGCGGAGCAGUCUCUGGAGGAGUCGCAGGUGCGCGUGAACGAGCUGACCACCAUCAACGUCAACAUUGCCGCUGCCAAGAACAAGCUGGAGAGCGAGCUGUCCGCCCUGCAGGCCGACUACGACGAACUCCACAAGGAGCUCAGGGUGGUUGACGAGCGCUGCCAGCGCACCAUCGUUGAGCUGAAGAGCACCAAGGACAUCCUGAUUGAGGAGCAGGAGCGCUACAUCAAGGUGGAGUCCAUCAAGAAGUCCCUAGAGAUCGAAGUGCGCAACCUGCAGGUGCGCCUUGAAGAAGUGGAGGCCAACGCCUUGGCUGGAGGCAAGCGCGUCAUCGCCAAGUUGGAGUCCAGAAUCCGCGACGUGGAGAUCGAAGUGGAGGAGGAGAAGAAACGCCAUGCCGAGACGCAGAAGAUCCUGCGCAAGAAGGACCACCGCGCCAAGGAGCUGUUGCUCCAGACCGAGGAAGACCACAAGACCAUCACCAUGCUCAACGACGCCGUCGAGAAGCUCAACGAGAAGGUCAAGGUCUACAAGAGGCAGCUCAACGAACAGGAGGGCAUGAGCCAGCAGAACCUGACCCGCGUGCGCCGCUUCCAACGCGAACUGGAGGCGGCCGAAGACCGCGCCGACUCCGCCGAGAGCAACCUGUCCAUGAUUCGGGCCAAGCACCGCUCCUGGGUGACCACCAGCCAGGUUCCCGGCGGCACCAGGCAGGUGUUCGUCACCGAAGAGUCGAGCCAGAACUACUAGAGUGGACUCGGGCCGUCCGCCUCGGCCGCCGCUGCGCCACCAGGACCGCCGCCACCGCCACCACCGAUAACAACAGCAGCAGCAGGAGCCGCAACAGUCGCGUCGACGCUGAAGCUCGCCCCACAGCAGCACGCACGAAAGCGCCGGGUUGCCGUGCUGGGUGAAGCCAGCGGCUUCCGCCAAAGCCACUUUCUUUGACUGCCAAAAGGUUGGCUCAAGCGCCGAGUCACCAUCGCCCUGCCGACGGGAACCCCGGAUGCCGGGCAGCCCGGCGGAGCUCAGCGGACAAUCGAUUAGGUCUCUUGAAAUUCUAGGCGUCGCUCUGUUUCUUAAGGACCUCGCUCUCUCGGGAGCUUCGGGCGCUUUCGAGAAAGCGAAUAACAUCUCGCAGGUUUUUCGUCUUUAAGUGACCAAACGUAUCAAAAAAAAAAAAAAAAAGAGUGAAGGCACGAGUUGGUGUUUUUGUCAACCGAUGUUAGUCUUUGGUGACUUGAGAACAAAGCAAAGGGGACCUAGUUAAGACACUUGGCGGAAGAGCUGGCAUAUCCAGUAGGCAACCCUGACAUUUUCGAAGGGGGCGGGAGGUAUCCUCCUCACUCAUGAGAAACUGAUUACUUCCAAGAAUACGCUCGAUUUGUUUUAACUCUUGAAACAACGCAUUGUUACCUUGGCACAUGGUGCUGUAAAAAAAUAAUAAUCAUUGCCGACAUAGAACUACAAGACUGUUGUGGGGAUAUUUAACGACGGGCUUCUUGCGAAACCGAAUAAAAGUUGAAUAAAUUGAACUGAAAAAAAAAAAGAGGAGGUAUGAAGGUUUUCCUUGGUCUUUCUGGACCACACACAACUUGAUUUCCUGUUGUUACACUUACAUAAAUUGUCCAUAUACACGUACGGUUAUUUCAAAUGCGAAUGUCUGUUCUCUUUUUUCCGGGUCGACUGUUUCGCGAAUUCCGUGGAUCGUAACUUUCUCAUUUUGUUCUUGUUUCGAAGACAAAGCUAAUUACGCUGUUGCUGACAUCUCGCGGGUUUUUUCUUUCUUCUCUUUUUCCCUUCCCCACCUCCCCUCCACACAAAGUUUUGCGUCCAGUUUUCUUCUCUCUUUUGAAAGCUUUCGAUCUUUCCUUUACCAGACGUGAUUUGUGUGUCGUAGAGCGUGCACGCUGCAGGUGUACUUUUACAGAAACAAUAAAGGCGCCUCCAAAAACCUCCA